AUGGUGUCGGACCAAGAGAUAGCCAACGGCGUGGAGACGGUGAUCAAUCAGUCGGACCCGAACGUCGCCACCUCGCUAAACGGCGUCGUUCAGCAGCUGGAGGCCAGGCUAGGGGUCGACCUCUCGCACAAGGCGGAAUUCAUCAGGGACCACAUCACCUUCUUCCUCCGCGCGAAUCCCGUCUCCAAAGCCCAGCUGCCCCCUCGGUCUCCGUCCCAGUUUUACCCUAACGCGCUCUUCCCCCAGCAAUUUCACCAGCCUAAUUUUUCCCUCCACCAACAGCAGCAGCAGCAGCUGGCGCUGCCGCCGCCGCCGCCGUGCGCCAGCCAGCAGGCGAGCCCUGCCUAUGCGCUGCCGACCACGCAAAUCCAAUGGCCGCAGCCGUACCCAGCGCAGCCGUUGAAGGAGGAGAACGCGGUAGGGAAUGCUUCGGAUACCCCUAAAGGAAGGGCCCCAGCUGGAACCAAAAGAAGAGGCGGUUCAGGAGGCCUGAACAAAGUAUGUGGCGUUUCACCUAAGUUACAAGCCAUUGUUGGGGAGCCAGCAUUACCAAGGACGGAGAUAGUGAGGCAGCUGUGGGCAUACAUUAGGAAACAUAACCUUCAGGAUCCAGCGAACAAGAGAAAUAUUAUCUGUGAUGAUGCUUUGAGAUUGGUAUUUGAAACAGACAUCACUGACAUGUUCAAGAUGAAUAAGUUGCUGGCAAAGCACAUCUUGCCACUUGAUGCAGCAAAACAACCGGAUCAAUCUAAGAAAUUGAAGGUUGAAGAUGAUCCCGACAAGCAAGACCCUAAUUCUGGUGAUAUUCCUGUGACAGUGUCAGAUGCACUUGCGAAAUUCUUUGGACCAGGAGAAAGAGAGAUGCUUCAGUCAGAUGCUUUGGGCCGUGUCUGGGAGUACAUAAAGGUUAACCAGCUGGAGGAUCCACUGAAUUCUAUGGUCAUCCAUUGUGAUGCCAAGCUUCAGGAACUAUUGGGAUGUGAUAAUAGCAUAUCUGUACUGGGCAUACAGGAGAUGCUUAUCCGCAGUCAUUUACUGAAGAAAUCAUGA